AUGCCUUUAGCUAAACGUAGAAAAGUUGUAAAUGAGGAAAGUGUAGCAAAAGAUGCACCAGGAAAUCGGGUGCCUGGCAGUAUAGAGAAUGAGGAAAAAGAACAAGGUGCAACUGACGAUGCCAAGACAGUGGCACCCUCGGCUACUUCAUCGAGUUCGAUUUGUAUGACAGUUGAACGGCGUAGUCGACACAUCAGCCGUUCUGAGAGUGAAGACCAAAGUAUCGUAGUGACCGAGGGGGAUAAAAAGAUACCCACCCCUUCGACACCCACAGCAGCAGUACCACUGAGAACAAGUUCAAGAGUUAUUCGAAAAACAAGGAAGGAUUAUAGCCCCCCUGAAUCCCCAGUUAAAAAGCAGAGUGUGGCAACAGCCAAGGAGCCUAAAGCUACUACACCUUCAACUAAAACUAAGAGAGCAUGGGAACUGUGGAGCAUUGAAGAUAAAAAUGUUUUCUUUGAGGCACUGUUUGAGUAUGGUAAAGAUUUUGAUGCUAUCCAGAAUAUGUUAGUACAGAGAGGUAAAAGAAGAGGUUUACCACCAGAACUGUUAAAGAGGAAAGAUCAAGUUCGCUUUUUGUAUUAUCGUACAUGGCAUAAAAUUACUAAAUUUGUUACAAUUACUAAAGAUAUAAGAAAAGAAGCUCAAGAAAUUUAUGGUUUGAUAAAUUACGGUGUCUUUCGUAAAUCUAUUAAAGGUCUAAAUGAGAGAACAGCUGUCAAGUUAAAUGAUUUGAUCAAUAAAGGGUAUACAACAUAUAAAGUUAAAGGCAAGAAGAAAAAAAUAAAAACACCAGUUUGUAGUGCUCUGAAGAAAAUUAAUGGACUUGUUGAUAAUAAAGAUAGUCAGACUCAUCAGCUACCAGAAAGAAUAAAUGUGGAGAUUUGUCCACGAAAUAAUAAAUCCUGGUCCAGAGUUCAGGCCAUGUCCCACAAUCCUAGAGUCAAGAUGUCUUUAAUGUCCGACAGAACUUUAGGCGCCAUAUUGGAAUAUCUGAACAAGAAAUGGAAAUCUCAUCGUGAACGCUCAGUAUCCUUUUGUACUAAUUAUUGA